AUCAUACGGACAAAAGCCAUUCAACAUCGUUUCACCUUAAUCCGUCUACAAUUAACCGAAGUAGCCGCUUAUCUUUCAGGUUUCACCAUGAACUUCAGUUAUUUAACAUAUAUUAUGUUAAUGUUUAUUUGUUCNGGAUAAGAGCCAUAAAUUAUGUUGGAGUAAUUUAGGAUAUUGUUUUUGUUGUAGAAGAAAAUGUAACUUCCUUCAUCCUAAAUAUAACAAUAUAAGUUGUUUGAAAAGGGCAUGUUGGAACGAAGAAAAACAAUGCGCAUGUUGCAAAAUGAAAUGUAAAUAAUAAACGAAAUGGAAUGGCGAAUACAUAUAAUACAACAAUUUAAUGAAAAUCGUGGCUUCUGAAUUUUUUAGAAACUGAUUAGAUUAUUUGGUGGUGUGAGGGGUAGAUUUUAAUUUGAGAAUUAUAUGUAUCGCCGUUUCAAUUAACAGAAUAUUAAAAUACGUCGUUGUUUUUUUUUCUCUUUUAUAAUUAUAAAAUAUUGUUCUUGCCGAUAUCCUUUUACGAUUGGAUGCCGGUUUGUGUGAAAAAUGUUCAUCGUAUUGUUUGCUCAAAUUAACGUAACAAUAUCGAAGGGAAAUGCGUUACACUUUGACACCAAUUUUCACUGUAAUCAGUAAACGAAGCACAGUCUUUUUAACGGUAAGCGGUAUAUUAUAAUAUUAUUAAAAACGAUUGUUCUUAUUGAACGUAAGGUAACGAAUUUGGUUAUUGUCAAUAACGGUGCUGAGAUCGUUGUUUAUACUACUGAAAAUAAUGAAACUUUUAUUCCUAUACAUUUGUUAGAUUUUCCUGUAAUCGUUUUCCACUUUUUAUGAAAGCCAAUUGGAAAAUCAUAAAUACGACCUGCUCGUUGCAAAACUGGACCCGAAAAAAAGAUUUCUUGUCAUUUUUGGACUGUAGCAAGAUUCGUGAUAGCAUUGUUACUUGUAGGAUCGAAAGAAAUCAAAAAUCACACUCAAUAUUUUCUCAAUGUUACCAAGAGAUAGUUUUGUAUCAAAAUGAAUACCAAGGUCAUUGACAGUAUCUGAGCUGUGUAUUUCCUAAUCAUUUAAAUAAUAUUUCCCUAUGAUGGGAAUUUUUCCUAGGGAAAAGGAUAAAUUGAUACAACAUUUAUUUAUAUUAAUCGAUAAAUUGUUUUAAUACUCCUGCACUCAUGGAUAUUAUUCAAAUUAAUUUGUUGACAUUAUUUGUCUUUUAGUUUUUUUAUUAUCAUAAAUAUUUAUGCGUUGUCUGCGAAUAAAAAUAUAUUAGAAUGAAUAAUAACUUUUGAUAGAUCAUUUAUUAAAAUAGAAAAAAGUAGUGGAGAUAAAUAAUCGCCCAAUGAAACUCCCGAGGCAAUUUUAAUCAGUUAGAAACAAAAUUUGUAUGCUUGACUUGAUGGUUUAUAUCUAGACGUUAACGGAAUGAAUAUUAUAUUGGUUUAAAAAAUGUAAAAAAAAUCAAGCUUACCCAGAUAGCCUGGAAUCGAUUUAUAAUCACCGAAAUUCCAAUCAUAAUUAUAUUAAAAAUAAAGGUAAUGUAUCAAUAUUAUUAUAUAUAAAAGUAACAUCAAUAGGUGGGUGUAACAGGUCUAUCGAGGAUAAUGGAUUUAAGUUUUAUUGUAUAUCGAUUGUUGUAACAAUUGAUAGAAUAUUGUCAACAAGAUAAUUUUUGAACAAAGAAAGAAUUAAUAUUACAGAUUUAAGCUGACAGUAGAUUGUAGUCCCCAAACAAUAAAAACAGAGCAAUAGGAUGUUUGUUGAGUAAAAAUUCAACAAUAUCAAAAUAGUUUGCGAACACAUUUUCCGAAGAUUGAUUAGGUAUAUAAUACACAGGGCCAACAAUGAUUAUUUUUUCGUAUAGUUUUACACGUACAAUAACAAUUCAAUACUAUUAUAGUAUUAUCAUUACCAUAAAUAGGUUUUGAGAUUAUGUUAUCGCGAACAGCUAUUAAAAUCCCACCACCUCUAGACAAAGAAUUGGUGUGGCUGCUCCUGUUUCAGCGAUAAGUUAAAUAGUCAUUCAAACCUAAUUCUGAUCUUUUAAUGUUAGAUGUUAACCAAAUUUCAGUAAAUAUAAUAUAAUAAUGUACACAUAGAGAAAUUUGAGCUUUUAAUUGAUUCAUUUUGUUAUUUAUACUACUAGUUUCUGAAUAAUAGAUAUUAAAAAUUGAAGAUCUAAUUGGUUUUUUGAUUAACUGACAAUUUUAGGAAUACCCUUAAUAUAUUUAAUUAUAGUAUUGUUUUCACAUUUUUCACAAUGCUGUUGUAGUUCUUCCCACAAGUUAAAUGUGUUCUCAUUGCAUCAUAUUACGGUGAUCGUACUACGAUUUGACAACAGUUGAAUCCCUUUCCAUGUUGAUGACGAUUGUAAUUGUUUUUGAAAACGCAGAAGGUAAAAUACAUCAGAUUGAUCAAGUAGUUUGAUUGAUCGUGGCUUAUCUGCCAGUAGUUUAGUUGGCUUAUUCAAUCGAUUAAAUGAAAAAUGUUCAAUAUUUUAUUUGAUAACAGUUAGUAAGUUUUUUAUCCUUGUUUCAUCAUGAUUCUCAUUAGAUUCAAAAAGGUAAAAUAAUAUUACAUGACUUUCGUCUGUCAAUCAUUUUUAAGUCAAUACUACAGUCUCAUUUAUUUCGUGUAGAUUACAAGUGUCAAAAUAGGUUUAGAUACACAAUUUUCGUCUUCGUUUAAUGAAGAACGCAGGUCCAUUUCCUGACACCCCCACCAUUGAAUUUUGAAACGAAACUAGGAGUCUUUUUUUGUGCAGAUUUGGGUCGAUAUUUUUGUGUUUUUAAACUUUCAUAGAUGCAUGGAAAGUUCAACGGUGAAGUUGCCGGGUAAAUGAAUCAAAACAAAGCGGUAAAAUUUAAUCAAAAUAAACUGGUGUUCUUAUGCGGUUUACCGUUCUAUUUAGUGGUAUAACGCUCAACCGAACGUGUUCUUCAGUUGGUCGAACGUAUUCUUCAUUGUUUUUUUGGUCGUGUUCGACCUUAAAUUUGGGUUCGCUUCGGCGUCCACGGAGGACAAAAUACGCACAGAUACCCGCGAAACACAGUCCCGCAACGCCGACCGCCGCCGCAUGAAUUGUUAUAUUCGAUACCAUGGCAAAUGUUCGAGUGCCUAAGAAGAUGUAUAAGUUUAUAGUACGAUAUUAGUAAUCGUUUAAAGGUGUAGUCGUACCUAUUCUGUUUACCGAAAUCUCGUUGAAAUUACAGCUAGAUAUCGAAUGUUUUUUUCGCUCAGUAUUGACCGAUAAGGAUACAGCAGUCUAAGUCAAUGAAUAUUCUCCUAUAUAUCGAAACUAAAAGUAGCUGAAAUCGGUGAAAACUGAACAUAUAACGGACAAUUGAUUAAAAAACUGUAAUAAAUAUAUUAAUCGAAACUAGAAUGUUUUGUUCGAAAUAUUAGUUACCUACACCGUCCGUUUCUACAGCAACGAUGCUUUUACGUAUACAGACAUUUGACGAAUAUGGGAGGUAAUUCCUAAUUUGAUAUAAGUUACUAUAAAGUUUGAUUAUUAUCACAUUAGUUUUAUUGUGUUUAGAAAAGUCUCGACUUACUGGCUUUUUUUUAUCAGUUCAUCGGUUAAUAGAGGUUAAUAUUGACGAACAAUAAUACAAUAAAAUAGAUUUUUUUGACCACUAUAAUUACCGCUAAUAAUGAACCGUCUAUUAUAUUUUUAAACAAUUCUGUGAAGACUACAAAAUUAAUCUACAGAGUACCAAUCAAAUUCAAAACAAAGUUCGGUUGAGGUGUUGCUUUGUCAUCAAUAUAUAUGGCGUAUUUUGGUAAAAUAAUGACAUAUGCAUUAAACAUUUUCUUUAAUCAUAUUUUUUUAUUACAUUGCACCAACCAGAAGAACUUGAUUUUCAGAAAAGAUGCUACACCUGAAAUCGGUGUAAAAUUUCUUUGAACAUUAAUCAUUGUAAUCAUUUUAAAAUAUUGUAUUCCUCGUAUUAAUUAGAAUACAACAAAAAUUAAAAAAAAAAAAUAGAAGUUAACGCUAAAUUAUAAUUUGAUAUAAAACCGUCGUGAUUUCCCAUUAAAUAUUUGGCAACAUACAAUACUAUUUAUUCAAAUGGCGUGUAAAUGCGUUUGGGAUAAUUGUGUUUACUUUUGUCAAACGGUAAAUACUUUAUUUAUCGCGCGUGAUACUUUACGUACGGAAUAUUAAUCGAAACAAAAUGUUCAUCCGGUAACACUCAUUGUUGUUUGGUCGUAUUGUAAUAACUGCAACGCAUGACGAUCGCCAUCAUUCAUCCACGACAUUUUAUCGGAAUUCGUCAAGAUCAUACGGACAAAAGCCAUUCAACAUCGUUUCACCUUAAUCCGUCUACAAUUAACCGAAGUAGCCGAUUAUCUUUCAGGUUUCACCAUGAACUUCAGUUAUUUAAUAUAUAUUAUGUUAAUGUUUAUUUGUUCAAUAAUUAUUAUUUCCGACUCGAAAUGGGAACCUUUUGGUCUAGAUGUACGAUGUUGCAAGGAUAAGAGCCAUAAAUUAUGUAGGAGUAAUUUAGGAUAUUGUUUUUGUUGUAGAAGUAA